UUCUUAAAACACUUUCAUUGUAAAGAUAACUAUAAAAGUGUGAAAUUUCUCCUUUUCUCUGUUUUUCAUACAAUAUGAUCAAAGGACAUAAUAAGUGCCCGUAGUCUAAGAAUCACCCACCAGUGAAAACAAAACCCUGCUUUGCCACUUCACUGGCGUGCAAGGUAAGAAGACACAUUUAAUGCCACUCUUAUUUUUGACCUCAUUUUGGUACUUAUGGAUGAAUUUUGAAGAAAAAAAAAAACAUUUUUAGUUGUAGAGGAGAAAAUGUGGAUACACAUGCAAACAACUGAUCACUGAGAUCAUUUGGUUUAUCGCCAGCAGUGAACAAAACCUCAUAUGGUGCAAAAGAUUUUCACAGGAAAAUCACUUCCAGAUGCUGUUAUUUGUGAAUCUGUCACCUUUAAUUUCAUGCCACUUGGGUUUUACAGCAAACAGCAGAGUGUAAAAUCUUAUUGCAUUGGUGUGUGUGGAUGAAUCUAUGAAUACUCACUUCAGUAAGUUUUGUCGAUGUGUGAUACAUGAUUCCCCAACCAAUCACAUAUCCACAUGACAGUGAGGGCCGCAUCUCAAUCCCAGCGCAUAUUUAUAUGCGCGCAUGAAUGGCAGAGAGACAAAGUGUGCCUUCAGUGAAAAGCAGAAAGAUGAAGACUUUGGUCGCUCUGACUCUCUGCUCCCUCACAGUCAUCUGCCUGUAUUCAGGCUGCACCGCUUCGCAGCCUGACAGUGACAAUGCUGCUCAAGAUGGUGUGCUUGUGGAGAAGGAGCAGGCCUCUACAGUGAUGCGGCAGAAGAGAGCUUUAGGAGAGUUGUCUCUGGCUCAGCUGGAGAGUCUAAGGGAGGUGUGUGAGCCUAACGUGGCUUGUGAUGAAAUGAUGGACACCGAUGGAAUCAUCGCCGCCUACACAACCUUCUACGGACCGAUUCCUUAUUAGACCACAAACAACAACAAAUCACUUCAUUUACCUUUCUUGACCUUUUGCUGUUGUCAUUUAGUUCAUCUCUUUCCCUGCGGUGAAGCAUGUGUGGCCAUAACUGUAAUAUGGAAGAGACAAACAAGCAGCUUUUUAUUUUCCAUCUCUGAGACUUUGCUUUCAGUUGUUCUCUAGUGCAAUAAAAUGUCAAAUAAAUGAA